AUGCCGGAGGCCAUGAGCAAUGCCGGCCCUUCACUUCUGGAAGGUGGACGUGCUGAAACCAAUCAGCAAGAAUACCCAUGUGGUGGCAAAGGUGGUGGCUUGGAAGAGCCUCCAGAAGGGAAGAGUCAAAUGACUCCGGUUUGGAAGGAAGGGCCAGAGGAGGUCAAGGACUGUGGAUGCAGGGAGGGUAGCCCCUGUGCUGAGUGCUCCUCCUUUGAAAGCUACUGGAGGGUACAGGAGAAAGAAGAGCGGGACCUUCAAAGAGUUCUUGCACGUUGUGAGCAUCUCAGAGCGAAUGGCACGGAGGUGGAGGAGGACAAUCGCACCCUCUUUUACGAUCCCGCUCCAGGGGAUGAUCCAAAGGAUGGUUUGGAAGAGGCUCAACCUGAAGAGGAGGAAGUUCAAGCAAAAAAGCCUCAUGAUGUUCCACCUGAAGAGGAGGAAGUUCCCGCAUUCAAGCCUGAUGAAGUUCCUAAGGACGAACCGCCACAGGACCCCAGUCCUGCACGGAGGCAGCUGUUCCCGGAAGAAAACCCGGAAAUGCCAGCCAAAGGCCAGAUGACAAAUCCACCAGGUCUUGCUGCCAGAGUGCAGGCCUAUCAGGCUCAUGAUGUGAAGUUACCGUGCAUACUGCGCACGGAGCAGCUGAAGCUCAGAAAGAAGAACAAGAAGGAUGAGAAAAUCGAGGGCAAGCGCGCAGAUGACGCUGAGGAGGGCUCAAACGAUGCGAAGAAGAAAACUGAGAGAGGAAGGUCUACCCGUCGGACUUCUGCUGGCAAAGCCAGAGCCAAAGCAAAGGCAUCUUCGAAGAAGAGAGCCUCAAGGAAAAGGAAUGCAAAGGAGGUUGAGACUGAUGGCAAUCCCGGUGAUGCAGAGCAAAAGAUGAAGAAGGGCAGGGCAAGGGAAGCAAGUCAGGCAAAGGAAGAAGCCAACUCAAGUGCUGCGGAGGCAGCCAGAAGUGGGAAGGGAAGGAAAAGGACUCGUUGCACUAGCCAAGAAGAAGAGCCGGCUCAGGCUCCUGGGUGUUCAUCUUCCUCGCCAAAGCCUCAUGAGCCAGUGAAGCCAGUGGAGACGGAGAAGCCCAAACGGGCCAAACGUGCACCAAAAGCCAAGGCAAAAGGGAAGGCAAAGGCCUUGCCCAAGCCGAAGGCCUCACCGAAGCCAAAGGCCAAGGCAAAGGGAGAGCCAAAGAGGAAAGGACGAAAGCCUAAGGUUGCACCUGUUGAUCAGCAACUUGCAGCAGAUGAUGCCAUUGUGCAGGAGUGUCGCGAGGAACUUGAGAAGCAAUGGAGAUCCAAGAAGCCUGUCCUGAAGAGUGAGGAUUUCCCGAAUUCUCCCGUGUACACACACUGCCGGCUCAACUCGUACUGGAGCCGAGCACGACCAACGGUUGGGAUCAAAAACAGAUCUGUGACCAAAGGCAAGGAGGAGGAGUUUGCCUACUUCUCAUUCAGCCGUUCUGAUGCCUUCAACAUUGGUCUGGCAAAGCUCUUGGCAGAGAAGUUUGUUGGGAGCUUGGGUUUGAAGUUCAUAGUUGCGGAGAAGGAGCAAAUUCUCAUUCGGGCAGGGCACAUGGCAAUUGCUUCCUUCAAGUGCAAGCACCCUGAGAUUUUCGGUGUGCAGGAUGAUCAGUAG